AAAAAAAGUAUUUUAGAGAUCACAGUUUUUGCAAACUUAAAUAUUCGGCUUUAUUAGACUUAAUGAAACUAUAAUGAAUUUAUGUGCAAUUUUUUACUACAAGUCAAUUUAUUUUCUUUAAACUAAGAUCUUAAAGGAUUUGCUAUCCUGUGGCUCCCUGUAGUGGACAACAUUAGUAUUAUUGCCUUCAUCUGAAUCGCAUUGAUACAAAUGGCUGAUAAUCUUUUUUUUUUUUCAUGAUUACUUUAUUACUGAUAAUACAACCACAUUAAACUCUAAAUUCACUGAUUCAUGGUACCCAUUUUUUAAACUAAGUAGUAAUGAUAGAUUAUUAUAUCACUUGUUAAAUUGUCAUUUAACAAUUACAUUCAGUCCUGCAUUAACAGUGUGAUUCAGUUUGUUUGUGCCACCCUCAACAGGUAGGGUAUUUUAUUGAACAAAUAAAUUGCCAUAUGUAGCUCUCUAACAGUGUUCAUUGUAAAACAUCAUCUAUUGUAAAGGGCCAUUUCAUAAUGGGUUGUUGUAGCGCUGUGCUGUUUAUUUUCAAGGAAGUACCAUGUCUAUUAAUGGGUAAAGCUACAGUAACAUCUUUUUCAGCUAAUCAUCUUGAGAUCCUUUCCAUCUAAACUGGUUAUAUCUCUUAAGCCUAGUAGUGAAUGUUUUAUGAGCGGUAGAAUAAUCGUUCUCUCUUUUUUAGAUAUGAGAAAGAAACAUACUUAGCCGACCCAGACCUGUUGAGGAGGAAAUAUUAUGAGAGUGUGUCAGUAUCCAGACAGCACUGUGACGGUAGGGUAGCCUGUGAGGUACAUUAAAAACGUGUGGAUAAAACAAGUCAAGAUUAUGCAUUUGCUGAGGAGAUUAUUCAGCUCUCAAUAAAAUCAUUCUCUCAUCCAGAUUUUACAGAUUAAGUGCUGAAAACACCUUACGAUGGCGACUCCUGCUGAUCAACACAAUGUAAAUGCAACAAGAAUACAGCCUAAACAAAUGACACUUUUACAAACCAAUAGCAAAUGUAACCAGUAAAUCAUUAAAUGCCACUAAAUAUAAAGUCUAUGUAGGCUAUCAUUUAUGUUCCUUGUUAUUUUUUUAUUUCUUGUUUUGUGCGCUUUCUGGGAGAGCUUGGCUAAUCGGGCCAAUUAAAUAUCACACUCCAUUUUGCCCUUCUGCAUACAUAUGUUUGCACAUUAGAAUCUAAAUAUAAAACUGAACCGAGAUCAGGUAAAACCAUAUUAGACACUGGUUCAUGGGUUCAACCAGAGAUCUUAUGGAACUUUAAAGGCUCUGGUUCAGCAGAUCAACGCCUCCUAGUGGUGAACCCUCGAAAUGUUAAACAUAUGACGUAACGAGGUGUCGUUGCUGAAAUCACGUGACUUGGCUCUCCGAGCUACGGAUUUGCAUAAGUCUUGAACAUGGUCUCGAGGCUUAUUCAAGCAGCGUUUUAAUUCGGUGAUUUCAAACCAAAACAAUUUUGGUUGUAGAAUAUCUAUUAGAGAAUAAAGUGAAUGAAACCUGACUGAUGGAGACUGAUGAAAUAAGCUGCAUCGACCAUUUCCUAGUAAUAAAGAUGGAGCAGCUUGAAAAUACAAUGGAACCAGAUGUGAAGACGAAAACAUGCCAGACACCUAUGCCAGAGUGGAAGAAUAAAAGACAGAACUUGAAAGAACUGAAAGAAGAUUCUGUCAUUUGCCAUCAAUGUGGGAUGUGUUUCAUUGACCAAGCAAGUUUUAAGAAGCACAUGAGAAUUCACACUGGAGAGAAGCAUUUCACCUGCCCUCAAUGUGGAAAGAGUUUCACACAACAAGGACAGCUGACACGUCACAUGAAAAUUCACACUGGAGAGAAACCUUUCUCCUGCUCUGAGUGUGGAAUGAACUUCAGAGAAAAAAACAAGCUAAAUGUUCACAUGAGGAUUCACACUGGAGAGAAGCCUUUCAUUUGCUCUCAAUGUGGAAAGAGUUUCACAGUGAAUCAAAGCCUUGAGAGACACAUGAGAAUUCACAAUGGAGAGAAGCCUUUCACCUGUCCUCAGUGUGGAAAGAGUUUCACACAACACGGACAGUGGAAACGUCACAUGAGUGUUCACACUGGAGAGAAACCAUUCUCCUGCUCUCAAUGUGGAAAGACUUUAACUGUGAAACAAAGCCUUAAGAGUCACAUGAGAAUUCACACUGAAGAGAAGCCUUUCUCCUGCCCCCAAUGUGGAAAGAGUUUCACAGUGAAACAAAGCCUUGAGCGACACAUUAGAAUUCAUACUGGAGAGAAGCCGUUCACCUGCUUUGAAUGUGGGAUGAACUUCAUAGAAAAACAACAGCUUAAUAUUCACAUGAGAAUACACACUGGAGAGCAACCUUUCAUCUGCUCUCAGUGUGGAAAGAGUUUCAUUUUUAAACAAAGCCUUGAGAGACACAUGAGAAUUCACACUGGAGAGAAGCCUUUCACCUGCUCUGAGUGUGGGAUGGGUUUCAUAGAGAUGCAAAAGCUUAAAAUUCAUAUGAGAAUUCACACCGGAGAGAAACCUUUCACCUGCCCUCAAUGUGGAAAGAGUUUCAGAGAAAACCGGAGCCUUAAGAGACACAUGAGCAUUCACACCGGAGAGAAACCUUUUUCCUGCACCCAGUGUGCAAAGAGUUACACAGUGAAACAACACCUUGAGAGUCACAUGAGAAUUCACUCUGGAGUGAAGCCUUUCAUCUGCUCUGAGUGUGGAAAGAGUUUCAUGGAACAACGACAACUUCUAAUACACAUGAGAAUUCACACUGGAGAGAAACCUUUCUCCUGCUCUCAGUGUGGAAAGAGUUUCACAGUAAAGAGUAACCUUGAGAGUCACAUGAGAAUUCACACUUGAGAAAAGGCAAAUUAAAUAAGUAAAACUAGA